AUUGUAGUUCGCCGUUUAAAGUGAAGUGUUUGGCAACAUUCUUAAAUUUAAAAAUGGGGCCGUAUGCGUUUAAGGUGUAGGUUUUGAAUGACAUCACAAUUGGAAGCAACAUCAACGUCAUGCUGGCAUUAACGACAACGCAUCAGCCUAUUAGGCUUGAAACUGACGACGUCAGAAACAUGAUGAGAAACAUCAAAGUCACUACCAUAUAUGCCAAACAACGUGCCUCUGUAAAAUGGCUUUUAUCAAAAGCUUACAACAAUCGUGUUCCCGAAAAACUAAGGGAGCCUUACUAUCUUGAUCAUGGGGAUCAAGAACAAUUAAAGCCACAAAUCGUACAUGCACUCUCUAAUGCUGAGUUAUACUGCUUGGCUUUGGCAAACAUUUAUUCAGAUCCUAAUUACCAUAAUCAGAAUCAUACUGGCAUCCUUCAAGCUCUUGCGAGAAAAGGCGUAUUCGUUACCGAAUCAAAUAGCACACCACUCACCGAAACGAUUCUUAUUCAAAAUUCGCCAGUUAAAAUGAUGUUACUCUAUGAUUUUUACUAA